AUGAAGAUGUUUGUGAAGAGUGGAGGAGAGUGUCAGGAUCACACUUCAUCAGGUGAGUCUGUGUGCACUGACGGCCCAACAAGACCGGUGAUGGAGAUGAAAGAGUCCAAACUGUGCCCUCGGUUCGCAUCCAAGGUGUUCAAUGACCCUAUCCACGGUCAUAUGGAGUUCCAUCCUACUCUGGUCAAGAUCAUAGACACUCCAGAGUUCCAAAGACUUCGAUUCAUCAAACAGCAGGGAGCAGCUUACUUCGUUUACCCCGGAGCAUCUCACAACAGAUUUGAACACGCUCUUGGUGUGGUGCACUUAGCCGGACAGUUCUUGAAAAGACUACAAGAGGAACACAGGCCUAUUCGUAACAGAGACAUACUUUGUGUGCAAAUUGCGGCUCUUUGUCUUGAUAUUGGACGGGCACCUUUUUCUGAUGGUGUAAUGAUGGACCAACAGAAUAGAAACCCGUCUGCUGUCAUUUUCCGAACACUUGAAAAUAACCUGCACCUGAAUCUGAAUGAGGCAGACAAGACAUUCAUUGAAGAGAUGAUAACUGGAGAGGGGCCAUGGAACGGUUGGCCAGUGGAGAAACGCUUCCUCUAUGACAUCCUGAACAACCGAAAUACUGCAGUUGGUGUGAAGCUCUUUGACUCUGUGGCCAGAGAUUGCUAUAACACGGGCCUUGAAGCUAAUUUUGACCAUCGCAGAGUCAUCCAACGGGCCAAAGUUCUCCCGGUCAAUGGAGUGAAUCAGAUCUGCUUCAGUGUCAAGGUGCUGGGGAACAUGUUUGACUUGUGGCACACCAUUGUGGCUCUUCACAGCAAAGUCUACCAACACAGAGUGACCAAGAACAUCAAAACCAUGCAAGUAUUUCACUACCAAGACAACCUGCUGUUUGCAAGACAUGAAAACAUAAUGCAGGAAAUCCACUCGCACAAUCUUCUCUAUUUUGAUCUUCCGGAAGUGCAGGGGGCGGUGCAGGGGGCGGUGCAGGGGGCGGUGCAGGUGGCGGUACCCCCAAUCCACAUUCAUCAGAUGCAUUUCUAUAAAAUGAAUGGUGACAUUUUGACCGUGGAUGAAGUUGAUGCAAAGAUUGAAGCACUAAAUCAGAGAAACACAGUGACUCUUCAGUAA